AUGGUAACAGCUAUCCCAACAGAGUUGCACCCUUCUGGAAAUGGUCACCAAUUAACGGAAUUGACUGAUAACUUGCAACUGUUCAUCUCAGAGAAUACAAAUUCUGACAGUUUAAUCCGGAGAUCAAACUAUACUUCUAAUGCUUUCUUAGAUAGUUUUCUCGGCUUGAUUAAAACUUCAGGACUUGCAAAUAUCCUUAUUGACAGUGUUUUGUUGAGUCCUACACUUUUAGAGUUGACUUCUGAUGCUGUCAUAUUUAUACUUAAGAUGGAUAUUAUCAACCAUGCUGAUUUAUUCAACGCAAUACAACAGUCAGGAAUUAUCAAUCAGAUUCUUUUGGGUUCCUUGGAUAACCCAAAACUGAUCCAAGGGGUGUUGAGAUUAACAUUACUGUUAUUGAAGAAGAACCUCGUGGGAAUUUAUUUACAAGUUAACCCACCUCCACCAGGAAUGUUUGGUGCCAUUACAAAUAAUACGAAAACCAGGGAUUUGGAGUCAGAGUUUAUGAAAAUAUCUAAUCGUGACGCUACCCCCAUCAACUUGGCCACUAGAGAUAAUGUGCUUUAUGAUCAGUUGGCACAAUCGUUGAAAAGAUCAGGGUUGGUAGCUUCUAUACUCCAGCACUUGAUCACCGAUCCCGAAUUGACUGAGCCUUCAGCACAAUUAUUAAUCAAUGUCCUCCAAUCAGGAGCUGUGCCAAUUUGUGAUUGGGUUCAUAUUUUAGAAGAUACUGGUAUUUUGAAAAAGGUCGUUGAAGACGCUUUAAGUGACCAACAAAUCUUAACAAAAUUUGGUGACAUUGUCAUUGGAAGAAUUAACAAUGGUCUUAUCCCUUCAACGUCCAUAGAAUUUCUCCUUAACUAUAUCAACCAAAAUUCUGCUCAAACCGGUACACCCAAGUAA